AUGAGGUACCCCCUUUUAUGCUGCCUGGUUUCCUGCUCUGCUCCAGAAGCUCAUAAUCAAGCCCCAGUGCAACCACGGGUUGAUGUUACUAAAGCUAUAGCAGCUAGACAACCACCGUUCUAUGCAGGGGAGGAAGACCCGGUGAUCCUUGAAGAAUGGAUCAGAACCUUUGACAAACUGCUAAACGCUGUGAAUUGUCCCGAGGAACAGCGGGUGUCUUCUGCAGUAUACUACCUGACCAAAGCUGCGGAUGAUUGGUGGUCAAUGGUGGGACCAGAUCUUCUGCAAGGCCCAGAGUUUGGCUGGGAAGAGUUCAAAACGGAAUUAAGAGGUCAAUUCUAUACCGAACGAAUUAAGGGCAUCAAGUGUGAAGAAUUCUUGCGGUUGAAACAACAGGGAACAACGGUGCAAGAUUAUCAUGGUAAGUAUGUGGAGUUGAUGAGAUUUGCGCAAGAUAUCGUACCCGAUGAGGCAAGCAAGGCGAGGCGAUUUGUAAGGGGGUUAGAUUGGGGAGUGAGAAGUGCAAUCGCACCAUUUAUGUGCUCUACUCUCAGGGAAGCAUACAACAGAGCAUCGGAUCAUUAUCAAGUGUAUUUAGAUCAGCAAGAAGUCUAUGGUCGGAAAAAGAGAAAAGCUGAUGAUAGGUCAGGAACAUCUAAGGGGGAGAGUCAGAAGCCUACCCAAUCAGGAUCCUACUCAAGGCAGGUAGGAAGGAGGGAAGGAGCAAGUCAAGGGAAACAAUUUAAUUGUCGAAGGUGUGGACGAAAUCAUCCUGGGGAAAAUUGCCAAGGAAUGAGGAUCAGGUGCUACAAGUGCGGUCUCUUAGGACACAAAGCCAACGAGUGCCAAUCCAGGGUAGAUAAUUCCCGGACGAACUCACAGAAUAACAGUCCAGGGAGAGGAUUCAAUGGGAGGAACAACCAAAAACCCAUCGAGACUGGAAGCAAGGGAUCUAACACGCCACAAGUCAAUAGGGGCAGACCAUUAAAUAUCUCUGCAGGUCCCAGCAACAAAGGAAAAGCACCAGUGGAAGAAAGCAGCACGGGGAACCAAGGCCGAAUUUACGUCGUCAACCACACGCAAGCUCAAACUGGCGACGUUGUAACUGGUAUAUUUCCGAUAAACUCAGUGCCUGGUUUGGUAUUGUUUGAUACUGGAGCUACUAAUUCUUUUAUAUCCUCUAUAUUUGCUGAUAAAUUGAAACUAGAGCCUACCGCUAGAUUAGAUUUGAAUGUGAAAACUGCUUCAGGACUAGUAGUAGCAUGUAAAGAUGGGUAUGAGAAUGUUUCGAUAGAAAUAACCGGAGUUAACUUCCUCGGGAAUCUCAUUCGAUUUGAACUAGAAGAGCCCGAAUAG